UUGUAAGAUUUGAGUGAAAAAAAGAGACAAGAGUGAACUUUUCAAGAAUGGGAGAUGAGCCAAGGUUUAGUGAGAAAUGGGAUUUCAGAAGGCAAGAGAACAACUUUGAUGACUCUUCAAGCGACGAUCCAGAUUCAUACCCAAAUCCUGUUCUUGACUCGAAUCAUCUCGACAAUGGAACAAAAACAGUGACUGGUGGACAACCUGUGAAAAGCCGGAAGAGGAGGAGCAAGAACGAUGAGAGUAAACCUGAGAAAGCUAAGCACAUAAGGAGAAGGAAACCAAACAUUAAUGUUUGUGCAGAGGAGAAAAAGAAGAAAGAGGAAACCGUGAUGGAGACGGAUGAUGUUGGAAUCUUUAUGAAGACGUUGCUUGAUGAUCUAACAGCUUCUAGAGAGAGUUUAAUGGGUUGGAUGAACACUGAAUUGAAUGGAUCAUCGGAUCAAAGUGUUGUGUCUCGACCACCUCCAAAGAAGAGAGCGGUUGCUGCGGGAUCAGUGAAGAAGAGAAGGCGAAAGAAAAAGGGAGAAGAGGAGGAGGGUGAAAAACAGAGGAAACGGGACAUGAACAAACCUAAAGAAAAGAGUUCAGAGGUUGUGCAGAACGGUGGAGAUCAAGUUCAACAGCUUGAUUAUAAUGCUGGACCGUUGGAUAUGUUUGAGAGAAACUACCGUAAGCAAGAAGAACAAGGCCAACAAGGUAUUGUUGCGCAAACUGAGAUCGAGAAUGCGACAGCGAUGAAUAAGAAGAGCGUUGUUUUGGCCAUUGAAGCUCCAAAGGUAAGGCAGAGACAAAAGAAGACGAGAGGAGCCAAGACCAUCAAAAACAUAUCCGAAACAAAGAAAGAUGAUCACUUUGCGAUACCUUAUGUGCCACAGCUAUCUUCAUCGCCAACGUUGCAGAGCUUUCCGGUAGGUUCUUCGUUGUGUCCUUCGUCAAGCCAAGGGGUUACUUCUUUAGCAAGUAACAACAACUACCAACCGAUGCAACCACCAGUAGUACCUCAGUUCUCUGAUCUUUAUGAAUUUCAGACAGGAUUCACAAGAGGACAAGGAUAUGAGAAGAGUUCUCUGUUUCAGAACAAUGGUUACUUUUCUUGUUUUCCGGCAGCUUCCCAACCUAAUCUGAUGGCACAAGUGAAUCAUACGACUUAUUCACAGCAGAGAGACAACAAUAAUAUGUUCGGAGGACUGCAAAUGAAUCCUACGACUUAUUCACAGCAGAGAGAUAACAAUAAUAUGUUUGGAGAACUGCAAAUGGCCGGUGCAGCCAUACCAUAUUCCGAUAGCAGAUUUCAUGAAUCCGAAGUGGAUAAAGGUAAUAACCGCCUCUCAAACUACAGAACUGGCUCAGGUAGAUAA